GUGGGACAGUCUCCGCGAUGGCUGCUGUCGGUCGAGUCCACACCUCUCAGCCUCCCACCCCCUCACAACCACAACCACCGGCACCAGGGUGCGGGAACGGCCGGCCAAACCCCCCUGCGAGCCGGCCACUUCCCCGGGCAGCCUCCCUCCCCCUCCACCCCCACCUCCAUCUCCACCUCCACCACCCAGUCCCCCUCUCCCGACCUCCGGGCGCAUGGAAGGACCAGAACGCGAUCAAACUGUUCAUCGGGCAGAUUCCCCGCGACCUGGAGGAGACUGACCUGCGACCUCUCUUCGAGGAGUUUGGAAACAUCUACGAGCUCACGGUCUUGAAGGACAGAAGCACCGGGCACCACAAAGGUUGUGCGUUCCUCACCUACUGCGCACGGGACUCCGCGGUGAAAGCACAGACAGCGUUACACGAGCAACGGACAUUGCCCGGGAUGAAUCGUCCAAUCCAGGUGAAGCCGGCGGACAGUGAAGGUCGUGGAGAUGACCGGAAGCUGUUUGUGGGAAUGUUGGGGAAGCAGCAGGCCGAUGUGGACGUGAGGAACCUCUUUGAGGAGUUCGGGACAAUCGAGGAGUGUGCAGUCUUGCGGGGCCCAGACGGGAUCAGUAAAGGCUGCGCUUUUGUGAAGUUCCAAUCGCAUGCGGAAGCGCAGGCUGCGAUCGUCGAGCUGCACGGGAGCCGCAUGUUGCAGGGAGCGUCGGGGAGCCUGGGUGGUGCGUUUGGCCGACACGGGACCGGGAGCGUAGCGUGCGCAGGAUGCAUGCGGCAGUCGGGGGGCGUUACCCCCUCAACCGUGCAGCUGGGGGUGUACACAGCGUUGAUGCAGCAGCAACAGGCAGCAGCGUUGAUGUCAACACACUCGGCCUACCUGGGCCGUCUACCUGGUGCCCUGCACCUGCACCCCCUCCUCACCAACUCCCCCCUCACCCCUCCCCGCUCCUCCCCUCCUCCCCCCCCCCUCAACACCUCACUCCCCCACGCCACAGGGUCCACGCCGCCGGUGAUGCCGAACGCGACCGCCAUCGCCGCCGCCCUCGCCCACGGCUACGGCCCCCUCACCGCCUCCACUAGCGGUUACGCCUCCACCGACAGCAUCUACACCAACGGCAUGGCCCCCUACCCAGCGUACUCCCAGUCGUUGUCGGUCCCGUCCUCAGCGAUGGCGGUGGCGGGGACGGGGACGGGCCAGGCCACGUGUCCGCACCCCGUGGACUCGCUGCAACAGGCGUACGCCGGCAUCCAGCACUACGCAGGUAACGGCCACACGGACCGCGGUCGCCCCCGACAACCAGCGCCCAUUGCAGCCGCCAGCCCCGUGGUGACGGAAACACAAACACCGGCCAACACAACACGAGCACGACUUUAG